AAAACGUCACUUCAAGUCCCUCCCUGUUUGAAUCUCAUUAGUUUUUUUUCUUGUGUGUUUCUCCCUGUCAAUAAUCCCGAAUCCAGACUCUCUCUAUUUCCAUCCCUCUCUAUCUGUCAAUCAGCGCCGCCUUUGAACUGAAAACCACUCCGACCAACUUCAACUCCCUCAAUCCGAGCGCCUCAGCUCCGUCUCCGGCUUCUGUUUCUGCCAAGAUUGCCCUCUUCUUUUUGAGUUUUGAACACUCACCCAGCCAAACGCCACUGCGAGUCCCUAAACUUAAAACUCGGGAUUCGGGGAUCACACCAAGAUCAAGGGUUUAAAAACUUUUGGGUGUUUCUGACCCCCCGCAAAAUUAGCGCUCCUCGGGAAAAAUGCCGCAGUUGAACGGCGGUGGAGGGGACGAUCUGGGUGCGAACGAUGAAAUGAUUUCCUUCAAAGACGAAGGCGAGCAGGAGGAAAAGAUUUCGGAGAACUCCUCAGCAGAAAGGGAUUUAGCAGAUGUCAAGUCUUCUCUCGUAAACGAGUCGGAAACGAAUCAAAACAGCUCCUCGGAUUCCGAGGCGGAAAGACGGCCUCCGCCUAGAUCUGAAAGUUUCAGAGACAAAACAAGAGAAAGUUUAGAGGAGGCUGCGAAAAGGCAAGAUGGAGGGCUGUUCAAGAGCCCACCGUACCCGGGCUAUCCAUUUAUAAUGAUUCCCGACCUCACGAGCCCGUACCUCCCGAACGGAUCGCUCUCGCCGACCGCGCGCACAGUAAGUGUUUUUAACGUGUUUCUGUAG